CGCCCCGACUUGGCAAAGCAACAGGAGCUCCAGCCUGCUUUUUGCUCGUCACUUUUUUCUCCCGCCCCUUCACACCUUAUUACCACCGAGACCGCAUCACCUCGCACCACGGAGCACCACCUUCGCCAUCGAUUGCGAGACGGUGAGCUUCGCGCGCCGCGAUUGCAGUCUCGCUGCACGUCUUCUCCUUCCUCUAAUUUCCCUUGAAAAUUCUCCGAAUCGACGACGCUUGCUCCAAGGGCCGCGGCUUCGCCUCUUCUCGCUGCAGUCUCUGUCCGCCUUGGGCGUUGGCUUUCGACCGCCUCUCCCUCCGCUUCGGCGACCGCCACGAUGGACUUGCCGCCGGCUCCAACGCCGCCCGUCAACAGCAGCAAUAUGCCAUCCAAUGCGGAUCGCACUUCGAGCCUGCUGAACCUGCUCAAGUUCAGCGGCAACAAUGCCGCUGCCGCCGCCGCCGCCGGUUCUGGUGCCCAGCAGCAGCAGCAGCCCCAGCCGCCUGCCGCCGCCCAGCAGCAGCAAUCGCCGCCGCCGCAGCAGCAGCAGCCUCAACCACAGCCUCAGCACGGCCACCAGUCCCGGCAGCCAAGCUAUGGCGAGACGGGCCAGUACCAUUCCACUCGCCUGCACCAGCCUGCGCCGACGAGCGCUGACCCUACAGGCUUGCUGGCCGCGCUCAUGAGAGGUGCUCAGGAGGCCGAUGAGCCCCGGCAGGCCCCUGUCUCCCACGCUCCCGCGCAGACGCACCAGCCCUCGACCACCUUUGGCGCUGGUUCGCCCUCGGCCGAUACUAGAUCAUAUCUGCUCAACCUGCUGAAUCGGCCCAAGCCUAGCCAGACGGACCAGCCGCUGCUCACUGAGUCGACGCGGUCCAACGGUCCGACGCCUCAGUCUCCGGACGCUGCCGCCGAUGUUGGAAGAUAUUUCGGCCAGUACCAGCAGCCUCAACAACAGGCCCAGGCCCAGGCCCAGCCUCAACAGCAGCCGCAGUCGCAUGGAAACAGCGUCUACCAGGCUGCACAGCAGUAUCAGGCCCGUCACCACGACCCUGAGUCGUUUGCUCACGUCCAGCACCCGGCGUCGAAUGUCAGUUCCUUCUCCUUCGCCCACACGCAGGAGUCCUCGACUGACAUGUCCGCCAUCUACCACCAGCUCAUGGAUAGCCUGAGCCAGUCCUCUCCCCAGAGCCAGCAUACGCACCAGUCCGCCGGCGGCGCUUCCUACCAUCAUGCCCUGAAGAAGGAGCAUGCAUCCCCCGCCGGCUCCCAAAAGCUUGACCAGUCCCACUUGGGCAGCGAGCGCAGCCCCGUCAUGAGUGCUCCCGGUCCCGCUCGUGGGCCCCUCGACCGCAGCUCAUCGCUCCAUUCGCAUCAGUCAUUGCAGCAGUCUGUCAAGCAGACGCCCCCGGCCGACUUCGACAGUGCCGGCCCGCCCGACAAGAACAAGGAGACGGUCGCAGAGGCUGUGCACGACCUCGCUGAGAAGGCUGACCGCGAUGCUCGCGAGGCUCUGGCCAGAGCGGAGCAGAGUCUGGACGAGCCUGAUCGUGCCGAAGGCAUCGACAAGUCAGAGACUUCUCGUGAUGACCAGGAAUGGUCCAGCGAGACCAUCCGCAAUGUUGAGAAGCAAAUCAUCGACGACAUUAAGAGCAACCAAAGCAAAGCUGAGCCGCCGAGGUUCGAUUCGCCGGAGCCCGCAUAUAACGAGUCUGGUGCCGAGGCACAGGCUGUGGCCGAUAGCUGGGAGAGCGCCGACCAGGAGGAGAUUGUCGUCAUCGAGGAGAAGGAGGCCCCGCCUGUCCGGGUGUACAACUUCCCCAUGAAACCGUGGAUCUCCAUUUCUCUCCAGGAGGGCACGACUGAGCCUCGACCCGAGUUCCGUGACGAGUCCAUCAUGGAUAUCGCACGCCUCAAGAAGGAGUUCGACCAGAUUGACCGCAACCUCUACACGGCCUCUCAGACGUACAUGACCUACGGCAUGUCCAAGCAGGGCGGCCUACGCGUCAUCCGACAAGACGACGGCAAAGAUGCCAAGGUCUUCACCGACACCAAAGACCGCAUUUUCAACGUGGCGAUGUCGGUGACGCCUGCUGACAACGAGAGUGUCCAGCGCGAGGCCAUCAUUGGCACCGGCAUCAGCGGUACCGUGUACUGGGUCCAGAUCAAGGAUGGCGAAAAGGACCACAUCGAGGACGCGCACCUCGAGCAGUACGGCUUUGCCCUCCCGCCCAUGGCUACACACGAUGGUGACACCCCCGGUGGCGUCCUCAAGACUAGGGCUCGGGCGUCCACCAUUCACCCCGAGUAUUUCGCCGUCGGCCGAGGCAAGUCCAUCAACUUCAUCUGGCCCUCGUACAUCCUGCAGAACAGCCUCUUCAAGACGGGCCACGACCGUGUCGUCGACACGGAGACUCUGCUCAAGCAAUGCUCCCUCAAAAUCAACACAGGCAAGGCCGGCAAGGACUUCACCUUUAGCCAAGACGACACGGUCGUCGUCUCCCUCGACAAGUCUGGCCGGGUCAAGUUCUGGGAUGUCCGCGACCUCACGGCCUCUAAGGAGGGCUCUGAUCCGCGCGCUCCCGUGCCCGCCCAGACGUCGCUCGAGGUUAAGGAGCCCCUGAUGACCCUGGCUAGCACCCCAGAGGGCGAAAAGGCAUGGCCCACCUCGGUCCUGCUUCUCGACAAGCAGCGCCCCUACCAAAAGCGCUGCGCCCUGCGCUACAUGAUUGUGGGCAUGAAACAGAACCACACCAUCCAGCUCUGGGACCUUGCCCUCGGCAAGCCGGUCCAAGAGUUCAAUCUGCCUCACAGCAAGGAAUCCGAUGCCGUCUGUAGCGUCAUGUACCACCCGGCGAGCGGCAUGAUCGUCAUUGGCCACCCGACACGCAACUCGGUCUACUUUGCGCAUCUCUCGGCUCCUAAGUAUAACCUGAAGAGUGUCUCGCAGGCAGAGUACAUCCAGCGGCUCGUCGCUCAAGACUCGUCCAUUCCGCAGCCGGACAGCACCGCUGUGAUAAGCGGUGUCCGCGAAUACUCGUUCGCCAAUAGAGGAAUCAUCCGUAGCCUCGACAUUCUCUGCACGCCCGCCAUGGUCCAGGAUGCCGACGAGCCUACGCUAUUCGAGCUCUACGCGAUGCACUCCAAGGGUGUUGCUUGCCUCCUGGUCAGGCAGAACGAGCUUGGGUGGUCCAAGGACAAUAAGGUCCUCGACGCCGUGGAUGCCGUGAAGGAGGGCGUGGUCACCGUCUCCAAGCUCAAGACACCUCAGCAGCCUGAGCUCGGCACCAACGGAGAAGCCCAGGUCCGCAUCGCCAACCGCGGCAAGGAGUCUUCGCUUCAGACAACGCCGGCAGCCAGCGACGUCGCUCAGCGCGGUGCCGAAUCGGUCACGCCCAUUAAACUCAAGAACGAAACGAAGGAAGCAGAGACGCCGGCCCAGUCUUCCAAGGAGAGCCAAGUUGAGAAGCCAGAGAAGAAGUCGCGCAAGAAGAAGGGCAAGGAGCCCGAGUUGGCUGCCAAUGGCGCGACCAACACUCCCCGCGUCGGCUCGAAGCCCGAUGCGCCCAAGGUCACCAGCAAUGUGGUUGCCAAUGCUGUUUCCGCGGAAGCCCUUGACUCUGCCAUCGUUGGCAUGGAGACCCGCCUGACGGCGGCCGUGUCAGACACGCUGAAGUCGUCGCUCAAGAACCUGCAUGGCAAGAUCGACGAAGGCGCCCGCGUUCGCGACGAAAGCUUUAACCAGCACCAGAUCAAGCUCCUUGACAUGGUGUCCGAGGUGCUCAACGAGAACACUCAGAAGGUGCUCGAGUCCCUUAUCCACCAUCAGUUCACCGAGCUGGUCAUCCCCGCCAUUGGCGACCACGCCGGCAAGGCCGUGACGGAGUUGCUCCAGACCAAGCUGCAGCCGCAAGUCGCGUCGUCCGUGCAAAAGGAGAUCCAAGGCUCCUUGCCGCACGCUCUCAACCGCUCCCUGCGGUCGGCGGAUUUCGUCAGUGCCAUUUCGGACCGCGUUGGGGCUGCUGUCUCCACUGGCGUGCAGCAGGAAGUUCUGAACACGCUUACCCAGCGUCUGACUCCUACAUUCUCCAACAUCGCGAGCCAAAGCGCCCAGCGUGUGGCUGGAGAGCUCCACCAACAAUACCAGGAGCAGUUUGAGCACAUGAAGGCACAGCAUGCGGCCGAUUCCAACAAAAUUGACCAACUGCUUAACUACGUCAACCGGCUGACGGACAUGGUGUCCACCAUGGCCGCCUCGCAGACCGCCCUGCAGCAGGAGUUUCUGAAGCUCAAGCAGCAGCCCGUCCACGAGCUUCCUGGGGGUUCCGGGGCACAGGGCCAGCAGGGUCACCAGAACAUCCCUCAUGGGUACGCUGGUGGCAUGGCCGGCAGUAACGCGCCGAGCCACCAUGGAAGUUAUCCUCCCAGCCAGGUUAUGAGCCAGCAGUACUCGAACAGUCAGCAGUACCAGCGCAGCUCGCAGCCGGUGACGAGCCCCCAGGGUACAGGUGUCGCUCCGUCUGAGAACGUCGGUCCGACCGGUGUCAGCGCUCUUGCUGGCGCGUUCGCCAACCAGAUGAGCCGUAGUGAGGUCGAAGCCGAGUAUGAGCUCACUCAGCGCAUCCACAAGAUUGAGAUGGCUAUCCAGGACGGCCGUCUCCAGGACGCCAUGAUCCAGUGGAUCCAGAGCGGCCACGAAAAGGAGAUUUUCAGGCGCUGCUUGAGCGGCUACUCGCCCAACCGCUUCGAGAGCCUUGCGCCCCUGCUGUUGUUGGUCGUGAUUGCUACUAUCUCCAAGGACCUCAAGCCGGGCCCGCGCCUCAAGCAGGAGAUUGAUUGGAUCGAGAUGGCUGUGCGCGCCUUCAGCGACAGCCUGCCCAACUUGGACUGGGACGCACAAGGGCAGAAUGGCGAGGUGAUGAAGAGCGCGUCGCAGACGAUGAAUCUCCUCGUCGGCAGGCUUCAGCCGCUGCUCUCUGCCUACAACAGCGGCUACCCGCUGGAUCCGUUCCUGGCGGGCGUGGACAAGGGCAAGAUUGAGUGGAUUGUGGGCGCGUCGGAGCACAUUGAGUCGUUCAACUCGCACCGCCGCUACGACUAGAGGGCUCAGACUCAUGCCCCGCCGAACCUUGGCGCAGAUGCGCUUGGAGUAUGGUGAAUACUGGGACCUUUGUUGUCUUGCGAAGCGGCUCGUUGCAGCCCAACGGGCAGUCUUUGUUUGUUGGUACUGGAUGCUGGCUCUGGUUGUUUACUUGUUUCCGCCGAAUCUCGUCUUGCAGGUGACGACGAUACCCGCCGCACUUGUGCGCGCAUCGGUCUUUUUACGAUUGAACGAUGUAAGAUCAGGGGGAGGAGGACCACGGCCGCCUUUUGUCAUUUGUGCAACGUUUGGCGAUACAUGAGCGGGAGGGGUCAUUGGUUCCGGAGUGAAAGCUCCGCGGCAGCGCUGACGGCGGACGACAUUGCCCUGGGUUUCUGUUCGAUGACGGGGUCGGAAGACUCUGGGAGGGUUGAUGUGUCAUGUUGUAUGUCGGUUUUAUAUAGUGUACAAAAUAGGGCUAACUCUGCCUAAGUAUCGCAUGUGGUGUUUGCCCUUGCCGAGGUGACUCAGAGUAUAGUCACAGAUUUAUUCGUACGACUAGUAGAGUCGUGCAGUUGGGUCUAUGGUCAUGUUUUACUCGCAAGGUCAUGAAAUCAUGUUAUCGUCUACUGCCGCCUGCCGCCUGCCCACCCUGCGAUAUGGCAAUCUUGCUCACUCCGAGACCUUGAUGACGACCUUGCCAAAGUGUUUGCCCUUUGCGAGGUAAUCGAAGGCGUCCUUGGCGUCGUCAAAGUCAAAAAUCUUGUCGACGACGGGCUUGAUCUUCUUGUCCUGGUAAAAGCCGAGCAUCUCCUCGAAGCGGUCCUUGGGCCCGUUGAUGAUGCCGCGGAGGAUGACGUUGCGGCGCAGGGCCAAGACGUUGACGUUGAGGCGAUGCAGCUGGGGCGUCUUGUCAUCACCUCCGCCAUUUCCGCCGUUUCCACCGCCGUCGUCUU